UGGAGACGCUCGCGACGCGCUGGAGCGACGCUUCUGUUAUUCAUGAGUCAAGGAAACUUUGCGACAGAGCGGAACCCCUCCAGGAGCGCCAGAACAGUCGAGUGGGAUAACUUUGCUGUUUCCUGGAUGGGGUUGUGACUGUCCCGUGAAAGCGUUGAGCAGAGAUCUGGAGCUGCGCGUGGAGCGCUGAACAUGCCCUAAGAAGAGCCAAUCAUUCAUUAUUCUCUCAAUGACACAAAGUCACUGUCCUCAGGCUGGCUGAUUCAGCACGCACAGGGAUUUGCAGCGGGCUGUAUAUGUAAAGGAGAACCGGAUUCAGUACCCGUGACUCCUGAGGAGGAACAUGGCUACCGUGGACACAAUGUCAGAGGCCUCUGAGGCCGGAGACAACAGCGAGUUCACUGACAUCAUCAGAUGGAGAUCAGAUGAACAUGAUGCCGUACAGAAGAAAACCUUCACGAAGUGGAUCAACGCACAGUUCUCGAAGACGGGGAAGACGCCCAUCAAAGACAUGUUCUCUGACCUGAGAGACGGCAGGAAACUCCUCGAUCUCCUGGAGGGGCUCACUGGAAACACACUGACCAAAGAGCGAGGCUCUUCCAGAGUUCACUCCCUCAACAACGUCAACCGUGUGCUGCAGGUCCUUCAUCAGAGCAGCGUGGACCUGGUGAAUAUCGGUGGGACUGAUAUUGUGGAUGGGAAUCAUAAGCUCACGCUAGGACUCAUCUGGAGUAUCAUCCUGCACUGGCAGGUCAAGGACGUCAUGAAGGAUGUGAUGUCCAGUCUUCAGCAGAACAACAGUGAGAAGAUUUUACUGAGCUGGGUGAGGAACUGCACCCGCAACUAUAACAGCGUUAAUGUGCUCAACUUCACCACCAGCUGGGCGGACGGCCUGGCCUUCAACGCCAUCCUACACCACUUCAGGCCUCAUGGAUUCAGCUGGGAGGAAGUAGUUCAUCUAACUCCAGUAGAGAGGCUGGACCAUGCUUUCACAUUCGCCAAAGACCAGCUCAACAUUGAGAGACUACUGGAUGCAGAAGAUGUGGCGGUGCAGUUGCCGGAUAAGAAGUCCAUCAUCAUGUAUGUGACCUCACUCUUUGCCGUGUUUCCCAGCGACAUCACGAUGGAUGACAUCAAAGAGGUGGAGACGCUGCCCAGACGCUAUAAGGUGGAUCAGGAUGAGGGACAUGCUGGAUUGGCUGCAGAGGCGCAGGAGGUGAGCAGCACGCGGCCAGAGACGGAGGUGGACAUGGAGGUCAGUCUGGACAUGUAUCAGAUCACGCUGGAAGAGGUGCUCACCUGGCUGCUGUCGGCCGAAGACACGCUGCACAUGCAGGACGACCUGUCCCACGACGUGGAGGAGGUCAAAGACCAGUUCCACACACACGAGGGCUUUAUGAUGGAAUUGACAGCCCACCAGAGCAGCGUGGGUAACGUCUUACAGGCAGGACACCAGCUGAUCGCUCAAGGCCACCUGAGUGAGGAAGAGGAGGAAGAGAUCCGAGAACAGAUGACACUGCUCAACUCCCGCUGGGAAAACCUGCGGGUCGCCAGCAUGGACCGUCAGUCCAGACUUCAUGAGGUUCUGAUGGACCUUCAGCAACAGCAGCUCCAGCAGCUCUCUGAUUGGCUGACGCAGACGGAGGGGCGGAUCCGUAAGAUGGAGAAAGAGCCAAUAGCAGGAGACCUGGAGGGAUAUCUGGCCCACAUAGAGCAGCACAAAGUUUUGCAGAAUGAUCUGGAGCUGGAACAGGUAAAGGUGAACUCUCUCACACACAUGGUUGUGGUCGUGGAUGAGAACAGCGGGGAGAGUGCAACUGCUGCCCUGGAGGAACAAUUGCAGUCACUGGGGGAGCGCUGGGCGGCAGUGUGUCGCUGGACGGAGGAACGCUGGAACAAACUUGAGGAAAUUCAGCUUGUGUGGCAGCGGCUGCUUGAUGACCAGAGUUUGUUUGGAUCGUGGCUAGCAGAAAAGGAGAAGGCCUUGAGUGAAGUUCAGACCAGUGAUUUUAAAGACCCUAGUGAAAUAAAUGCCAGCGUGCGCAGAUUAGCCAAUCUCAAGGAGGACAUGGCCCAGAAGCGAAGGGCCCUGAGUGCUCUGUCAGAUGCUGGACAGGAUGUGAUGGUGCUGUUAAACAGUCCAGCCGCAGCUCAGAGGAUCGAAACAGACACAGACCUACUGACCCAACGUUGGGACAACCUGGUCCAAAAACUAGAGGACUGCUCCAGCCAAGUAACUGAAGCGGUGUCUGUGACUGGGAUACCCCAGGUACCGGAGAAGAUGGUCAUGGACACAGUCACAACACGGAUGGAGCAAACCUUCACCAGCAGCGAUCGAGAGCUACCGCCACCUGCUCCACCUAAAAGACGACAUCUGGAUACAGACGGCGAGCUCAGGAGACUAGCUGAAACUGAUGUUGCCAAGCUUUUGUCACGGCUGGCUGCAUGGAAGUCAUCCGCCCGAGCUGCUGGAGAGACGCCUGGUCUGAAGGAAAAACUACAGACGCUGCGGGUGGAGCUUGCUGAAAACGAGGGGGCAGUGAAAGAGGUAGUGCAGAAAGGAGAGAAGGUGAUUGAACGGUUGGAGAAAGAAGGUCUGUCUUCAGAGGAGGCCCGUUCUGCUCUGGACUCUGUGCGUGAAGAAUGGGAGAGCUGUCAGAACCUGAUCCAGGAUCUGAGGAACCGAGCUCAAGUACUAGAGCAGGUGGCAGCGCUUCAGUCAAGACUGAAGGCUCUAGAUGGAGUCCUGCAGGAACCGGAGAAAUGGCUGAUCUCCACAGAAGGGUUUAGAGCAAAAAACAACCAGCAGGAACUCCAGACACUCAAAGACGACUGUGAGGCUCGUAUAGCAGAGCUGGAAAAGCUUCAGGCACAGGUGGAAGAUCUGUGUUCUCAGACGGAGCGUCUGGCCGAAGCACCCGGAGCCCCUGACACCACGAGGUCCAGUGUGACAGCGCUGGCAUCACGCCACAGCACAACCAUUCAGGAGCUCCAGACACGGCAGCAGGACAUCACCACAGUUUUGUCCAGGCUGGAGGGGUCCCGAGCGCUGCAGCAGAUGGGGUCCGGACUGAACACAGUCAGCGCUGAUAUCAGAGACAUCACCACGGCUGAGCAGGGACUCAUCAAAGCUCAGGCUCUCUGUGCUGAGAUAUUGCAGCAGGGUCAGGAGGCAUCGGAGGCAGCAGAGCAGCAGGCCUGGACUGAGCUCUCCACGGCCGCCCAGGAUCAGCUCAGCAUGCUGCAGUGCAUUCUGGGUAGCAUGAAGGACACAAAGGUGAAGCGUGAGGAGGUGGAGCGCUGGCUGAAUGCUGCUGAUGAGCUGCUGUCUCGAGACGCUAGCGGCUUCAGCCAAGCUGACAAACUACAGGAAGAAGUCAACCAGUGCAAGGAGCUGGUGAGUGAGAUGGACAGCGUGAACUCGUCUCUGAAGCAGAUGAGGGAGAACGUGACGGCCGUGCAGAAGAGCUCAGUACAUGGUCUGGUCAGCUGGGGGCAGACGGAGCUGGACGACAGUCAGAGACGCUGGGACACGCUCAGUAAAGAGCUGCUGAGGCGUGAGGAGCGUGCGAGUGACGGUCAGGAGAGAGUGGUGAAUCUGAAGAAAGACGUGGCGGAGAUGCGCGAGUGGAUGAUUCAAGUGGACGAGGAGUUUCUCAUGAGAGACUUUGAGUACAAGAGCCCCGAGGAGCUGGAGGAGGCGCUGCAGGAGAUGAAGAGGGCUAAAGACGAUGUGUUACAGAAGGAAGUGCGUGUGAAGAUUAUGAAGGACAACAUUAAUGUUCUGAAUAGUAAGACGCCCCCUGGUGGUCCCGACCUGAGCCCUGAGCUCACUGAGGUGCUGCUCAACUACCAGAAACUCUGCGAUCGCUUCAAGAGCAAGUGCCACACACUGGAGGAGGUGUGGUCCUGCUGGAUCGAGCUGCUGCAGGAUCUGGACGUGGAGUCUGGCUGGUUGAACACGCUGGAGGAGAAAGUUCAAGCCACUGAGAGCGUCCCAGAAAACACAGAGUCUGUCAGCGAGGCUCUGGAGUCUCUGGAGUCGGUUCUGCGUCAUCCGGGUGAUAACAGGACUCAGAUCCGAGAGCUGGCCCAGACUCUCAUCGACGGAGGCAUUCUGGAUGAACUCAUCAGCGAGAAACUGGAGAGCUUCAACUCACGCUACCAAGAACUGACUCAGCUGGCUGCUGCACGUCAGAUGUGUCUGGAGCAGAAGUUGGGGACUCUGAGAGAGAACGAGGCGGUGUUACAAACACUACAGACGUCCCUGACGCAGCUGGACCAGACGCUCACCUCGUACCUCACCGACCGCAUCGACGCCUUCCAGCUGCCACAGGAAGCUCAGCUGCCACAGGAAGCCCAGCUGCCACAGGAAGCUCAGGUCAUUCAGGGCGAGAUCGCGGCCCAUGAGGCCACACUGGAGGAUCUGAGGAGGAGGAACGUAGGUAACGUAGCUCCAACCGUCCCAGAGGGCAAACCAGUGCGAGGAGGAACCCUCCUGGACCAGUUACAGCGGAAACUCCGUGAGAUUAGUACAAAAUUCCAGCUGUUCCAGAAACCAGCCAACUUUGAGCAGAGGAUGCUGGACUGCAAGAGGAUUCUGGACAACGCUAAAGCUGAACUUCACAUCCUGGACCUGAACGACACACAACCAGAGGAGAUCCAGACCCACCUGAACGGAUGCAUGAAACUGUAUAAGAUCUUGAGCGAGGUGAAACUGGAGGUGGAGACGGUGAUUAAAACAGGAAGACAGAUCGUACAGAAACAGCAGACAGAAAAUCCUAAAGGAAUGGAUGAACAACUCACCGCCCUCAAAUUACUCUACAAUGAGCUGGGAGCUCAGGUGACUGAGGGGAAGCAGGGUUUGGAGAAGGCCUUGUCUCUGUCUCAGCGACUGCAGAAGGACAGCGCCGCCCUGCAGGCCUGGAUGAGGCACACUGAGACCCCGCUGAAAGAGAAGUUCAGCACAGGAGACAUGCCUGACGACAUCGAGACGGAGAUCACAUGGGCCAACGGCCUGCUGAAGGAGUCUGAGCUCAAGAAGAGCGCUCUGUCUGUGGUGAUGGAGAACAGCGCCACCCUGCAGGCCUUAGUGGAGGGCAGCGAGGCUCAGCUGGAGGACCAGCUGUUUGUGCUCAAUGAAGACUGGGAGCGUGUGCACACAAUGAUCGAGGACUGGCUCAGUGCUGUUCUGAAUCACUUGCGUGAGCUGGAGAUGUUUGAUGAGAAUUUGGCUCAUAUCAGCACAUGGCUCUAUCAGACGGAGAUACGACUGGAUGAGAUGGAGAAGAUGCCUGCAGUCGAGAAAGAGAGGAUGAUGAAGGCUGUGUUGUGUGAGCUGGAGGGAAUGAGUGUGCGUGUGGACAGUGCUCGUGACCAGGCAGUGAUCUUGAUGAACAGCAGAGGCCCUGCGUGCAGAGCGCUGGUGGAGCCCAAACUGGCCGACCUCAACCGUAACUUCCACAAGGUGGCGCAGCACAUCAGCGCUGCUCAGGUGUCUGCUGGUCUGGAGGUGACAGAUGGGAGGUCUGCUCCUCUUCUCUCCUCCUCACAGAUACAUCUGUUUGAGUCAGACCUGCAAGCUACUAUCAGAGCCCUGCAGCGACAGGAGAAAACACACACGCCUGACGACGAGAGGCUGGAUGAGGAGAAAGCUCAUGUUGAGGAGGUGUUGAGGAGAGGAGAGGAGCUGCUGCUGUCUGUCCCUGAUGAGGACAGAAGAGAGGACAUCCGCAGGAGACUCCUGCUGCUCCAGACGGGCCACAAGGAGCUUCGUAUCACCAGAACACCGUCUUCUCCUCCGCAGAGAUCAGAGUCAUCCCUCGCGUCCGUCUCCCCGUCCGACUAUCUGCUGGACAUUAAUAAGGCUCUGCUGGCCAUGGCCGACAACGAGCUGCUCCUGAACUCCUCAGAGCUCAGCGGAGGACUGUUUGAGGAUUUCUCCAGCCAGGAGGACACUCUCAGGAAUAUAAAGGAGAGUUUGGAGCGGCUGGGAGAGCGGGUGGAAGUGAUUAAUGAGCGCCAGCCGGAUGUGAUUCUGGAAGCGUCCAGACAGGAGAUGGCACAGAUAUCUGAUGCCCUGACACAGCUGAACUCAGAGUGGGACCGAGUCAACCGCAUGUACAGCCAGAGGAAACGGUGUUUCGAUGGGGCUGUGGAGGAGUGGAGGCAGUUUCACUGUGACAUGAAUGAUCUCUCGCAGUGGCUGAGCGACACUGAACAGGUCCUGGCUGAUGGAGAACUGGACCUGGACCGCGCUCGAGGGCAGCAACAGGACCUGGAGGAAGCUCUGGCCUCUCAUCAGUCUGUUGUGGUGGUGUUGAGCCGGUCUGGAGAGCACAUCAUGGGUCAGGUGUCGUCACCUGAUGCUGCUCUGCUGCAGGAGAAGCUGGACGCUCUGAGACGCCGCUGGUCACACAUCGAGAGAGAAGUGUGUGAGCGCCAGCGCAGGUUGAUGGGUGAGGAUCCGGCCGUGAUGGAUGUGCUUCAGAGGACGGCUGCUCUGGCUCAGUGGCUGGAGCACACGGAGGGCGCUGUGGAGAUGCUGCCGGUUUCAGCCUCCGACAAGAGCCUCAGAGAGCUCAAGGCCUUGACGGAGGAGAUGGAGGGUCAGAAUGAGACGUUGUCAUGGCUGAAUAAAACCGGCUCUCAGAUCUUGUCAAACUCCAGUCUGAGUCCUCAGGACAGAGACACUCGUGUGAAUAAAAUCAGGCAGAUAAACCUCAGCUGGAGUAAAGUGAGCCGUGAGCUGCUGGAUAAGGUGCGUGAGGUGGAGGGGCGUCUGCAGACACACACAGCGGUCCAGGACGAGAGGAGGCUGGGGUCGUACACACAGUUUCAGGAGCGUAUGAGCAGACUGGGCGGCUGGGUUAACAUCAGCAGCCCGUCUCUGAGCGACGUCACACCGGCGGAGAGACAGGGUCUGGAAAUGUCCAUGCGAGAGCAGAAGCGGGAGCUGGAGGAGCUGUUGUCUUACUCUAUUGAGCUCCAGAGGAAACAGCUGCUUUUACCACAGGAGAAGAGUAAAAUCGAACAGUUGGCAGCAGACUGGAAAGCUCUGGAUGCCAGACUGAAAGAGCCUCUGUCUCUAGAGCUGUCGGGCCCGAGCUACCUCCAGCAGACGGCCACAGAGCUGGCGGGCCCGAGCUACCUCCAGCAGACGGCCACAGAGCUGGCGGGCCCGAGCUACCUCCAGCAGACGGCCACAGAGUUAUCGGACUGGCUGCUCCUCAUCCAUCAGAUGCUCAAAUCCAACAUCGUCACGGUGGGAGACAAAGAGGAGAUCCACACCACCAUCGGCCGCCUGCAGGCGACUAAAGUUGAUCUGGAUCAGAGACAUCCACAGCUGGAAGACAUCAUCACUCUGGCUCAAAACAUCAAGAACAAAACCUCCAACCUCGACGUGCGCACCUCCAUCUCUGAGAAACUGGAGAAGGUCUGCAGCCAAUGGGACGGCACACAGCAUGGCUUGGAGGCGCGGCUUCUGCAGCUGGAGUGCAUGAUCGGCCACAGUGACCAAUGGGAGGAGCAGAGGCACAAGGUGAACGCUCUGAUUGGACAAAACGAGAUGCGUCUGAACAACCUGCUGCACCUGAGCCGGGAGCCGCUUACCAAACAGAUCAGUGACAACAAGGCGUUCCUGCAGGAGCUCAGUCGAGGACAGGAGAGCCUGACGUCCUUUAAUGAACUGUCCAAUCAGCUUCUGCAGGAAUAUGCCGCUGACGACACGCGCAAGGUCAAAGAGGUCAUGGACAAACUCAACACGGUGUGGAACAGCGUCAGUAACAGGGCGUCGGACCGUCAGGCUGCGCUGGAUUCGGAGCUGAAGUCUCUCCAGACGUGUCUCCGAGAGCUCGAGUCCUUCCUCAAGUGGCUCCAUGAGGCGGAGACUACGGUCAGCGUGUUAUCUGACGCCGCCCAGAGGGAGGAGCUCUCGCAGGACUCCGCCCACAUCACAGAGCUCAAAGGGCAGCUUGGGGACAUCCAGGCGGAGAUCGAGGCUCAUAAUGAUGUCUUCAGGAGUGUGGAUGGGAAUAAGAUGAAGAUGGUGAAGGCUCUGGGGAGCUCAGAGGAAGCAGUUUUCCUUCAACAGAGACUGGAUGACAUGAACCAGCGCUGGAACGACCUGAAGGCCAAAUCAGCCAAUAUACGGGCUCAUCUGGAGGCCAGUGCUGAGCGCUGGAACCGGCUUCUGUCAGUCCUGGAGGAUCUGGGCCGCUGGAUCAGUGUGAAGGAUGAGGAACUGAACAAACAGAUGCCCAUCGGAGGAGACGUGCCCACAGUGCUGCAGCAGCAGAACCACUGCAUGGCUCUGCGGGCGGAGCUUAAGGAGCGUGAGCAUUUCGUUCUCAGCACAUUGGAUCAGGCACACAUGUUUCUAGCCGACCAGCCAAUCGAAGGACCGGAAGAGCCACGCAAGAACCUGCAACCCAAAACCGAGCUGAGCCCGGAGGAGAAGGCCCAGCAGGUGGCUAAAGCGAUCCGAAAGCAGACUGCAGAGGUGGGCGAGCGCUGGGAGAGGCUCAUGGGACACGCGGGCACCUGGCGAGAGCAGGUGGACAGAGCACUAGAUAAACUCCAAGAUCUCCAGAGCUCCAUGGACCAACUGGACCUGCGUCUAGCCCAGGCCGAGGAGCUCAAAGCUGCAUGGCAACCGGUGGGAGACCUUCUCAUAGAUUCCCUACAGGAUCACAUCGAGAAAACAACGGCGUUUCGUGAUGAGAUCGAGCCUCUGAAACAGGAUGUCCGGGCAGUGAAUGAUCUGGCAGGUCAGCUGACCCCACUGGACGUCCAGCUGUCCUCCACCACCAGCCGUCAGUUAGACAACCUCAACAUGCGCUGGAAACUACUGCAGGCGGCUGUAGAGGAAAGGUUGAAGCUCUUACAGGAAGCACACAGGGAUUUUGGACCCUCCUCUCAACAUUUCUUAUCCACUUCGGUGCAGUUGCCCUGGCAGAGAGCAGUGUCCCAGAAUAAAGUGCCCUACUACAUCAAUCAUCAGAGUCAGACGACGUGCUGGGACCAUCCCAAGAUGACCGAGCUCUAUCAUUCUCUGUCUGACCUCAACAACGUGCGGUUCUCCGCGUACAGGACGGCGAUGAAGAUCCGCCGGCUGCAGAAAGCCCUCUGCUUGGAUCUGCUGGAUCUGAGUGUGGCUCAGUCCAUGUUCCAGCAGCACAAUUUGACGGUAAACUCCCAGCAGCUGGCGGUUCCUGAGGUCAUCAACUGCCUGACGUCUGUGUACGACGGACUGGAGCAGGAACACAAAGACCUGGUCAACGUCCCGCUGUGUGUGGACAUGUGUCUCAACUGGCUGCUCAAUGUCUACGACACGGGUCGCAGUGGGAAAAUUCGAGUUCUGUCCAUGAAGAUUGGUCUUCUCUCUCUUUGUAAGGGUCACCUGGAGGAGAAAUACAAAUGUCUGUUUAAUCAGGUGUCGUCGGCGGGUGAGACGUGUGAUCAGAGGCAGUUGGGUCUUCUGCUGCAUGAUGCCAUUCAGAUCCCUCGACAGCUGGGGGAGGUGGCGGCCUUCGGCGGGAGCAACAUCGAGCCCAGCGUCCGCAGCUGCUUCCAGCAUGUGACCAAUAAGGUGGAGCUGGAGCCCAGACAGUUUAUUGAUUGGAUGAGGCUGGAGCCGCAGUCGAUGGUUUGGCUUCCGGUCCUGCACAGAGUGGCAGCAGCAGAAACGGCCAAACACCAGGCCAAGUGCAAUAUCUGUAAAGAGUUCCCCAUCGUGGGCUUCAGAUAUCGCAGUUUGAAGCAUUUUAACUAUGACGUUUGCCAGAGUUGUUUCUUCUCUGGACGCACAGCGAAGGGUCAUAAACUCAACUACCCCAUGGUGGAGUACUGCACACCGACCACCUCAGGAGAAGACAUGCGAGAUUUCACCAAAGUCUUGAAAAACAAGUUCCGCUCAAAGAAGUAUUUCGCCAAGCACCCUCGCCUGGGAUACCUGCCUGUCCAGACGGUCCUCGAGGGAGACAACAUGGAAACUCCGGUCACUCUCAUCAGCAUGUGUCCGGAGCAGUAUGAGCUUUCUCCAUCGCCACAAUUCUCUCAUGACGACACACACUCACGGAUAGGGCAGUACGCCAACAGGUUGGCACAGAUGGAGCGAUCUAAUGGCUCUCUGCCCACCGACAGCAGCUCGGCCACUGGAAGCAUGGAUGAGGAACACGCUUUAAUCCUGCAGUACUGUCAGACUUUGGGAGGGGAGGGCUCAUCCUUCAGCCAGCCCCAAACCCCCGCCCACAUCAGCAGGAGCCCCGCCCAUAAAACUCACAGCCCCGCCUACCUGCUCCAGAGCCCCACCCAGAUCCUGCAGGCUGUGGAGAGGGAGGAGCGAGGAGAGCUGGAGCGGAUCAUAGCACGACUGGAGGAGGAGCAGCGGACCCUGCAGAGGGAGUAUGAACAGUUGCGCCAGCAGCACGGUCAGCCCGGCGCGGGGGCCACAGCUGUUGGCGGGACCCCUGAGGAAGCUGACCUGUUAGCUGAAGCUAAACUCCUGCGACAGCACAAGGGACGGCUGGAGGCCCGCAUGCAGAUACUGGAGGACCAUAACAAACAGCUGGAAUCACAGCUCUACCGACUACGCCAGCUGCUGCAUCAGCCUGAGUUAAAUGGCUCGUCCUCUUCUGGCUCUCUCCAUCAGGAUACAGCAGGACAGGCCGAGCUCCCAGAGGAGUUUCUCCAUCAGUGUGCUAACAGUAACUCUGAUCUGGCUGAGGUUGUGGAACAGAUUAACCACAGUUUUCCUGCAUGCUCUCCGUCAAGUGUGUCCUCAAGGCCGAAGGUGAUGUGAAGGUUUUCAGCAGAACAUCCCUUUGGAAAUCUUGCGGACAUGAAGAGCAGACUCAAACUAGACAUGACAAGAAGAUUCCCGUUCUAGAGAUGCAGAUUCCCUCUAGGCUGUUUGUCCUCGAACCCAAAGACUGGCCCACACAGUUAAUUCAAUGGCUAUUACUACUGCGUCUGUCUGUACUAUGCAACUGUACAUUUGAUUAACAUGUAGAUUGUACGUGAGGUGUAUCUGCCCAUUGUUUUAAUACUCAGAUGAUUAUUUAGGGUUAUGGGGGCCAUUUAUGGUAUAACAUGUAUGCUUUUAUUACUGUGUUCACCAAGGAACCACACUGCUACCACACGCAGCUCACAUCAGUUGCUGUUCAGAAUGGCACGGUGUCUUUCUACAGACGUGGUUAUUAGUUUAAUCAGAAAACGAGUUGAACAUCCGUGUAUAUGAAGACGAAGCGGUCUCGUAAUGCUAAACCGUUAACGAAUGUUGCCCCCAGCAUUAUUCUGUUCAACUUUAAACUGUUUUGACAGUGUUUGCCGUGAACUCGGGUAGCAGCGCAUCUGAACCCUCACUGAAUUUCUAGAGCGCAUGCACAGAUGAUGUACAACACAAUCAUUCGAACACGUCGAAAACACCCUUUUGUGCCUAUAAAGCAUCCAUUCCAGGAGAGACGAGUGGCUGAGAGAUGCGUAUUUCUCAAAACUGUGUUGAAAGAUUAUAUUAUAAAAAGUCAAAUGUAGGAAAUGUGGAUUUUUAGGACGUUUGGCCCAAGAUGAUUUAUCUUUGUGUAGUAUAGUUUUCUAAAUAAAUGUUUAAAAAAAAUGUAAUUAGAGAAAGCCAUGAUUGCCUUGCUACCUCAGACAUCAGUCAAUCAGUCAUUCAUUGGUAUGACUGUCGAUUAAUCUUACUCUCCCACUUCCAAAAACAAAACUAAGGAAAUCGCCCCAAUGGUCGUUCCAUAAUGUUGCACUUGCUACGCAAGUAAGCUUCCCCGAUGAAUACUUUGUGUUUGUCCCUUGUUUUCCUGGCAGUCCUUUGAUUUUUCCACAUGGUGUAUUUGUGGUGUAUUCAGUGAAGUGUUUAACAUUACUGUAACACCUGCAAAACUUUGUUCUGAAGCUGAUUGUAGUGAAGUCACCGAUGCUGUGCUGUUCUGACCCAAGAUAGAUCAAUAAGACCCAACACACUACAUGUAAUGAGGUUCCAUAUGUUUUAUUCAAAAUAAAGAUUUUAUAAUGAG